CAUGGAUUUCCAACAAAAAUACUUGUAUAUAUAUAUAUAUACAUAUCACUCUUUCUUUCUAAGCUCAUAAUUUACCUUAAAAAAAAUUAACAGAAUGAAUGAAAUGAAGGAAAUAUAUUCGGCUCCUCUGACGCCUAGAUCAGGCACGAUCACCCCAAGGUCGGGCACCAUGACACCACCAAACCCAAGACCAGUCCCAACAACCGCCCCAUCGUCACAAUACCACUCCCCAUCACUCUCUCGGUCGCCAUUACUUUCGUUUAACGAGAACGGUGAGCCUGUUAAUGUUGUUAAGGGACCGACGUCCAAGACCCCAAAGGGGUCGAGGUCGAGGACACCGGUUCAGUUCAUAAGCCCAUUGGCUAGCCCACUUAGAAGGGCUAUUACUCCUAUAGCUAGCCCAUUAAGGAGGGCUAUAACUCCAAUAGCUAGCCCGAUUAGGAAAGCACUUAAUAUGACAAAGUUAGAUCCUCAAGAUGCAUGGCUUCCAAUUACGGAGUCUAGGAAUGGGAAUGCGUUUUAUGCAGCUUUCCAUACUCUUUGUUCUGGGAUUGGGAUUCAGGCUCUUGUUCUUCCUGUUGCUUUUACUAUCUUGGGUUGGACCUGGGGAAUCAUUUGCCUAACAUUGAUCUUUGCAUGGCAACUUUACACCCUUUAUCUACUAGUUCAACUCCAUGAAUCAACUGAAACUGGACUUCGUUAUAGUCGAUAUUUUUCUCUUUGUAUGGCAGCAUUCGGUGAGAAAGCAGGGAAAUUAUUAGCAAUGUUUCCAUACAUGUACUUAUCAGCUGGCACGUGUACGCUUCUGAUUAGUAUAGCGGGAUCCACGUGUAAAAUCUUCUUCCAAAUUGCAUGUGGUCAAGAAUGCACGGCCAAACACCUAACUUUGACGGAAUGGUACUUAGUUUUCACUUGUGCUGCCGUGAUAUUAUCUCAGUUGCCAAAUAUGAACUCCAUUGCUGGUGUUUCAUUGGUGGGCGCCGUCACCGCAGUCGCGUAUAUCACCAUAAUUUGGGUUAUUUCUGUCGCUAAACAUUCAUUGCCCGCGGUGUCUUAUGAACCUAUUCGAUAUUCAUCCGAUGUUAAAAAUGUGUUUAGUGUGCUUAAUGCUCUUGGGAUCAUUGCCUUCGCUUUUAGAGGUCACAAUCUCGUACUUGAAAUUCAGGCAACAAUGCCUUCAAGUGAGAAACACCCAUCAAGAGUACCCAUGUGGAAGGGUACACAAGCUGCCUACGUCCUAAUCGCAAUGUGUUUGUACCCUCUUGCUAUUGGAGGCUAUUGGGCUUAUGGAAAUUCGAUACCACAAGAUGGUGGAGGCAUGUUAACAGCAUUGUACCAAUUCCAUGGACGUGACACAUCCCAAUUCGUCCUAGGGCUAACAAGUUUUUUUGUAAUAAUAAAUGCGCUAAGUUCAUUUCAAAUCUAUGGCAUGCCUAUGUUCGAUGACCUAGAGUCAAAGUACACAAUGAGGAAGAAGAGGCCAUGUCCAUGGUGGCUACGAGCUUUGUUUCGAGCUCUAUGUGGGUUCAUAUGCUUCUUCUUCGCGGUUGCAUUCCCUUUUAUCGCAAGCUUCGCCGGUCUAAUCGGAGGGAUAGCAUUGCCCAUAACCUUAGCUUACCCUUGUUUUAUUUGGGUUGUUAUGAAAAAACCUAAGGUUUAUAGUCCAAUGUGGUGCCUAAAUUGGGGAUUAGGGAUUUUAGGUAUGAUCCUUAGUGGGUUAAUGAUUGCUGCUGGGAUUUAUGUUGUUAUUGCUAAUGGAGUUGAAUUUCACUUUUUUAAGCCUCACUAAUUUAAAAAUUAAAUUAUUAUAUUAUUGAUUAAUAUGUUUGUAGUAUAUGUAAAAUAUUGUUUUUUGUAGGUUGGUUAGGUGAGAAAGAAAUAGUAUGGAUUUUGUUUGUGGUAUUAUCUCUUGUUGACAUGUAAAGUAAACAAAUAUAUUUCUUUACAUGGAGAAUGAUAAAGUUCAUUUCAGAUACGUAUCAAAAUCAUAAGUGAUUCAAGGUUGAAAUAUAGUAAAUGAAUACAUAAUUUAUUUCA